AUGAAGUACAAUACACGAGUCUCCUCCUCCAGGCGCAAGAACAGGAAGGCCCAUUUCACGGCACCGUCGAGUGUCCGUCGUGUCUUGAUGAGCGCUCCCCUAUCCUCAGACCUCCGGACAAAGUACAAUGUUCGUUCUAUGCCUGUCCGCAAGGAUGACGAAGUACAGGUUGUCCGGGGUACAUACAAGGGUCGCGAGGGCAAGGUGGUUCAGGUUUACAGAAAGAAGUGGGUUAUCCAUGUAGAACGGAUCACUCGUGAGAAGGUUAACGGGUCCACAGUCAAUGUCGGCAUCCAUCCUUCUAAGGUAGUUAUCAGCAAACUCCGCCUCGACAAGGACCGCAAGUCUCUUCUUGAGCGCAAAGCCAAGGGCCGAGCAGCCGCUGACAAGGAUAAGGGGACUAAGUUUACCGCCGAGGACAUCAUGCAGACCGUAGAUUAA